CUCGGAGGGUAUAAGAGGAGCUGCGCAAUGACAACACUGGAGGAGAAACACAAAGGGAGACAAAACGCGUCGAAGAAAGAACCCGAACAGGAGGGUCUGGUCGUUAUUUCUUUGUUUGGAGCCGUCGCCGUCGAGUGAGGAUGCCUUUUCUCGGACAGGACUGGAGGUCACCGGGUCAGAGCUGGGUGAAAACCGAAGAGGGAUGGAAAAAGACAACUUCAGAGGAGAAAAACAACAAUGGCUCCAUCGAGAGCUUCUGCAAAGUGGAAGAGGAGCAGUGUUUCAACAAGGAGAACCUGCUGCUCUCGCUCAGCCAUGACAUGGCUGCCAAGAAGAGGAAAAAAGACCUGAUGAACAACAACACCAAGGCCCCCUAUUUCCACAGGGAAAAGUGGAUUUAUGUUCAUAAAGGAAGCACCAAGGAGCGCCACGGAUAUUGUACGCUGGGAGAGGCCUUCAACCGCUUGGAUUUCUGCAGCGCCAUCAAGGACACGAGGCGGUUUAAUUACGUUGUCAGACUCCUGGAUCUUAUCGCCAAGUCCAACCUCCCCUCGCUGAGCGGAGUGGCGCAGAAGAACUACUUGAAUAUUCUGGAAAGGGUAGUCCAGAAAGUUCUGGAUGAUCAACAGAACGUGCGCCCCAUCAAAGAGCUGCUGCAGACCCUGUACGCCUCGCUGUGCAGUCUCGUUCAAGACAUAGGCAAGUCCAUCCUGGUGGGCAACAUCAACUCCUGGGUGUACCGCAUGGAAAACAUCCUGCAGUGGCAUCAGCAGCUGGACAACAUCCAGAUCUGCCGGCCCACAUCUACAGGCAUGAACCUGACGGACCUGCCUGCCAGCUUGCAGCUGAACAUCAUGCACCGCCUGUCGGACGGCAGGGACUUGGUGUGUCUGGGCGAAGUGUGUCCUGAGCUGGGGGCCCUCACAGAGGACUGCCUGCUCUGGAGAAGACUCUGCCAGUACCACUUCACAGACAGACAGAUCCGUAGGCGCCUGAUAGUGUCAGAUAAAGGUCACUUGGAUUGGAAAAAAAUGUACUUCAAGCUGAGCCGCUGCUAUCCUCUCAGAGAGCAGUACGGCGACACCCUGCACCUGUGCACACACUGCCACAUCGUCUUCUGGAAGGACACAAACCACCCGUGCACGGCGAACAACCCAGAGAGCUGCACCGUGUCCCUCUCCCCGCAAGACUUUAUCAGCCUCUUCCACUUCUGAUCCCCACCGACACCCUGAAUCCUACCUGUGUAUAACGUUCCUGUACAUAGAAGAGUACAUUAUUUUUUUUUUUUUGUUAAAUAUCACAUGGAUGUGUAUUUAGUUGAAGCGGGAAACGUACGUUCACGACGUUGUGGGACAAUUAUGCAAUCGGGUGUUUUGAAGGAGCACUGAGGCUUCAGUGAAGUUUUGCUUCUGAGAGCAAAGUGAAUGUCAAGGAGAGCAAUAAUGAUGUUGAAGCACUUGGCCUGUGGAUGGAGGGAGAGCAGAGGAAAAAAAGGAAUGCUGAGCUGCUGGAGUCCAGUCUUAGUUUAAUGUGUUUUUUCUUAUUAUGACUCCAAAGUAAGCACAUUCCUCAACUUUAAGUUUGAGCACGUGUUUUUUUUAAUCUCUUUUCCCCCCAGUGUGAAGAAUUAGAUUUUUCUUUUAAAGAAUUUAAAACUUUUUGUUUCAACAAACGGAGAGUUGUGUUUCGGAAACGGGAGUUACUCAUAAUGUAUGAGAAGGCCUGCUUAUUUAGGGAGGUGCAAUGCAUUUGAUGCCCAGAUGCAAUCUGCAGUAAUAUUCUGUUUGGCACUGAGAAGGAGAAAAGCCGUCCUUAAAGUCGCCGCAGUACUGCAGAGAAAAUAAAUGUAAGUGUACGAAUGUUACUCAUUUAACAUGUUGACACACCACAUUAUCUUUUCUAUGUAGGUCUUUUUUCACUUUUAUAAGAAUUUGAUAUUAUUGUUUUGUUUUUUUUUUCUGUUCUGGCUGUUGUAGCAGCAGCACCUGAGUGCAGUAUUACCAAAGAUUGUUCUGUCAGUCAUUAUUACGAUGGUGUGUGCCUUAUCAUGAAACUUGAAACGGUGCAGGUACAACUUCUGCCUUGUUUGCAAUGCUUUCAGUUCCUGAUGCUCUUUUUCUUUAGCGUGGUCAUGUUUUACCUUUUACAGAGGAGUUGGGAUUCCAGCUCCCACUGAUUGUACCAUUGUUUUACUAUAGUUAUUAUAUCCUGCAUGUUUUUUUUAAACACCUAGCUGAUUUGUUUAUUUAUUGAAAAUUUUGGCAAGUGGUUUAGCUUCCAAGCUUUUUUUUUUUUUUGGUUUUAAAAGUAGAAAUAAUCUGUGCAAAGAUGCACUUUGACCCAGUCUCACCUCGAUCACUGUCCAGACAGUGAAGGACAAUAUACAUGCUAUGCAAUGCGUUCUCUUUAUGUUCUGUUAAAUAAAAAGAGGAAAAACUC